AUGACUACUAUACCAACUAGAGUCUUUGUUGUGCACAUGUCAACAACUCUUGGCUCUAAACUUUUUACCAUAGCCAAAAAAAUUGGGAUGAUGAGUAAAGGCUAUGUUUGGAUAGUAACUGACGGUAUGGCUAAUUUAUUCAAUUCAUUGAAUUUAAAUGUCUGGGAAUCAAUGGAAGGAGUAAUUGGUGUUAGGACUUAUAUUGGGAGAACAAAAAAGCUAGAUGAUUUUAGUAAAAGAUGGAAAAGAAAAUUCAGAAGUGAUAAUCCAACACUUGAUGACACAGAUUUGAACAUUUUUGGUAUAUGGGCAUAUGAUGCUACAGUUGGAUUAGCAAUGGCUGUUGAGAAAGUUGGAAAUGGAACCAACCAAUUUGGUUACAGUGAGAAAAACACAUCAAGCAAUUAUUACAUGCCUGUGUUUGAGAAGUUUGGUAUUGCACAAAAUGGUGAGAAAUUGAUUGAAGCUUUGUCAAACACAAGAUUUGAUGGUCUUGGUGGAAGGUUACAAGCACCAACCUAUGAGAUAAUUAAUGUGAUUGGUAAUGGUGAAAAGAGGGUUGGAUUUUGGACACCAAGUAAGGGUUUGGCUAGAAAUUUGGACUCAAAAGAUAUAAACAACAGUAUUUAUACUAGUUCUAAAAAUGAUCUUGGAACAAUCAUAUGGCCAGGGGAUAUGAACUCUAUCCCAAAGGGAUGGGAGAUUCCAACUAUUAAUGGGAAGACGUUGAGGAUAGGAGUUCCAGUAAAAAUUGGAGAUAACUACGCCGAAUAUGUGAAAGUAGUCCUAGAUCCUAGGGACAAUUUAAUACAUAUCUCUGGCUUCUUUAUUGAUGUCUUCCAAGCUGUGGUCGAAGUGUUGCCUUAUGCCUUACGAUACCAAUUUGUUCCAUUUGCAACGCCUAAUGGGGAGAUGGCAGGAACAUGCGAUGAGUUUAUCGGCCAACUCUAUCAUGGGAUGUUUGAUGCGGUAGUAGGGUAUAUAAGCAUCACUACAGACAAAUCCAACUAUGUUGAUUUCGUAAUGCCAUUCGCAGAAUCUGGCGUGAUAAUGGUUGUUUCAAUGAAAGGCAGCAGGAAGAAAAAUGCAUGGGCCUUUUUGAAGCCAUUGACAUGGCAACUUUGGGUAACAACAGCUUGUUCAUUUGUAUUCAUUGGAUUCGUUGUUUGGGUUCUUGAACAUAGAAUAAACAGCGAUUUUAGGGGACCACCUUCUCAUCAAAUUGGCACAAGCUUAUCGUUUUCCUUCUCAACUAUGGUGUUUGCUCAUAGAGAGAAAGUGGUGAGCAACUUGAGUAGAUUUGUGGUGGUUGUAUGGGUUUUUGUGGUUCUAAUUCUGGUUCAAAGUUACACUGCCAGUUUGACUUCACUCUUAACCGUUCAACAACUGAGUCCGGCUAUUACAGAUGUUAACCAACUUCUAAAGGGUAAGAUGAACGUUGGCUAUCUCAAAGGUUCUUUGGUUUAUGGAAUCUUGAAGCGCUUACAAUUUCAAGAUUCUCAGCUCAUUCCUUAUCAGUCAGCUGAAGAAUGUAAUGAGCUUUUCAUAAAAGGAAGUGCAAAUGGUGGCAUUGAUGCUGCUUUUGAUGAAGUUCCCUAUGUUAAGCAGUUUCUUGGAACUUAUAGUUGUUCAAAUUUCAAGUAUGUCAUGAUUGAACCAAGAGUUAAAACUGGUGGUUUUGGCUUUGGGUUCCCCAAAGGUUCACCUCUUGUAGCAGACAUAACAAGGGCAAUGUUAAAUGUGACACAGGGAGACAAAAUGGGAACAACUGAGAGUGCAUGGCUCAAAGAAAGUUGUAAAGAUUCUAAUAAAGAAAUUUCCUCUAAUAACAGUCUUGGACUAGAAAGCUUUUGGGGUCUGUUUCUCAUUGCAGUGAUUGCUUCCCUACUAGCACUCCUAAUAUUGUUUGUCACAUUCUUACAUCAGCACAAACAUAUUUGGUUAAAGAAUGGUCAAAGUGCUUCAAUAUGGCGAAUAAUUCGCGACUUGGCAAGUAUAUUUGAUCAAAGAGACUUGGAUUGUCACAUAUUCAAAAAUAGUGGAAACGAAAAUGAAAACAUUAGUCCUCGUGAUGUUGACAUAGGAGCAGCUGAGGCCUCUCCGGGCACAGACAGUGCACCUAGUCCAUCUAGUCAAGCUGAAUCAAAUGUUUCCAUUCAUGUUGAUUUUAGUCAAAACACCGAAACGGAUGCAGUGCAAAUUACCAAUCCAGAAGUUGCAUCUGUGAACAACUGUGAAAUUAACUCCCAAGAAACAUCUACAAUUGUAACAUCAAGCUCCUAA